GAACGUACCGUAAAAUGGUUUCCAUCAAGCUGUUGAAGCGCAAUGAAUCACUACAUCACUCGAAAUAAGACAAGUUAUUUUUUGCUAUGAUAUAAAGUUAAAAUUGUUGCAAAGAAUAAAAGAUAGAGGUUAAAAUAACCUUCAAAAAUGGCUAAUGAAAGCUCACAAGGCAGUGGUGAGUUGAUAAACCCUGCUGUCAUGGAUAAAAUUCAGAAAACAUCGAAGAGGAAGCUGGAAGAUAUGGUACAGAAUAUACCUAUAACACCGUCGAAUAGUAUGCUUGGAAAUAUUGUGGAGAGAAAGUUUAAUGAAAAAUACAAGUUCAACAGCAAUUGUGUUUCUACUGUAGAACAUGAACUUGGAUUCCCUACGGUUUUUAAAUUGGACGAUAUCGAACUUACGAAAAAAAAUACCAGUAAUAAGCAGAAUUUAUUUCGGCAACAUGUUUCAACACUGAAAUCUGUGAGAGAUGAUUUAGCAAAAGUUCAAAGGAAUGAAUCUUUACAUCAUAACAAGGAAGAAGCAAGUUUUGUAACAAAGGAUCAAUUGGCUAUUGAGAUUCAUCAAGAAAACUUGGCUAAGCUAGCUAAAAUGAGCGAAGCAGAAAUACUAAAAGAAAAGAAGAUACUUGAGGACACUCUAGAUUCUAAAUUAGUACAAUUUUUUAAAAAUAGGAAAAAAUGCGGAAAAAGUUUGAUUGCAGAAGAUACGCAAGAAACUAUGUCACUUGCAGAUAGAGCAAUAAUUGAUACAGAAGUAUUCAUUGAUAAGAAGCUGAAACUUUCCUCAAAUGAUAAUAAUGAUACAAAAAUGGGGAAUAAUACAUCAAGUGUUUUAAUCGGAAAAGAAACAGCAAUGGAUGUAGAAGUAUCUAAUGAUAAAAAGACAAAACAUCCUUUGAAUGAGGAUGAUAUAAACAUGGACUACGAGGAUGACACAAUCAGCAUACCGAAGUCAUCCAAAGAGAUAUUAGAAACAAGCAAACAGAAAGGAUGGCUGCACAUGGAUACACCUGAACCAGAAAAGUUGAAGUGGAUGGAAGAUUUGAUGGAGAAAGAAAAAGACGAACCUGCAACAAAUGAAGAAUACAAUGCAAGAUUUGAUUUUAAUGGCCUCUUAUUGCCAUACAAAGAUGAGAGCUUAACCUCAGACAAGGGACUUCACCAUCAUGGAGAAGAACCUGAACGUCCUGGAUAUUCCCUUCAAGAGUUGCUACAGCUUAGCAGAUCUUCUAUUCAACAACAACGGUGUAAAGCCCUUACGACCCUAGCUAAUGUCAUGGAGAAGACACAUGAGGGCAGAUAUGACAAAGCUCUGCAUCCUUCACCAUUGACCGCAUUAAGUCAAAAGAAUAUUCUAUUGCUGUUGAGAUUCUCGUUGGACGACACAUCCGUAGCUGUAGUCACAGCGACUUUGCAGGCGCUAAGAGCUUUCUUGGUCAGUGAGGCAGACGAGAUAUGUCUGGAUAGACUACACGGAUUCGACGGAUACGCGGAACCAAGCUUGAUGCCCCAACUCGAGGAAAAGGACACGAGUAGCCUAAAGGAUCACGAGUUGGCGCAGUUGGAUGCGGUGGCUGCAUUAUUGAGAUCCGAUUUCCUGUUGCGGAUUAGAUACAUUCUAAAUGAGAUGCAUCCACCACCUGUCGGAGUAACAUGUGCUUUAGAGAUACUUAUUCGCCUUGCGAGAUACUCGCACACGACGGCGCUAAAUAUCUCAUCCACGCCGUACUUGUUAGAUACUAUCAUCAAAAAUUUUAUGCCAUUGUCUAUAGACAAAUUAGCAAUGCAGGAGGCAAUAAAUAACGUUUACGGAAUCCCCUUAGUUAAGGCAAUUAAACUGUGUCGCGUUCUUGUUACAUAUGGUAAAAAGCCCGUCGCGCAGAAAUUGAAUAACUUCAAAGUUAUCCACACCAUCUUAACAUAUGUUAAUAACGAGACGGGGAAAGAUGACUUACAUCUCAGCAUCGAGAGCCUGCGACUCUGGCGCAUAUUGUUACACUACGAAAUAGGACUGGAAAGUGUCGCGGGUGCUCUCAUAUCACAAUUACAGCUAUUGUUGUGUAAUCACGAUAUUCAAAACACGUCCAAAAACGAAUUGGCCUACGAACGCGCUGCGGCGUUAAUUGCUGUAGCGAGUCAUGAAAGAAGUUUGCGAUCGAACAUAUCUACACUGUUAAAGAAAUGGAAUACUCAAUUCUCAUCAGUAUCCAAUGCAACAUGGGGUGUUAUGAAAUUGAUGGCGGAGACUUUAUGCGCCGUUGAUGACACAUCCGCAUUCGAAACAACGUGUAUAUUCAACGAACACGUUUUCUCGAGACUUCGUUCUAGUUCGAAUUUAUUGAGUAACUGCAACCCGGCAACGGAUCGAGAACCGUCUUGUCUACCAAGCUUGGACGUUUACACGGAAAAUGGAGAGCCGCAGCCGAUUGUGUCGGUAAAUUCGUGCAUACCGUUCUUCGCAUCAAUGUUGAAAACGUUUUACAACCACUCUCGCAUAGCGGAAAUUCGCGCAAUACUCGGACACCCGAAUUUUUCCAAAUACAUACGGGACUUGGAGAAGUUCAAUUGGAGUUUCGAAAGAUCAUGGUACAGCCGAACGGAAUUAUAUCUCUUGACAACGGUGGUAAAAGCGGCGUCACUCCUGGGGAAUACAAUCAAUAAUCAGACAGCGCAAAUUAUAUGGAAAAUUGCCAUCAAACUUGUGUCGACUUUGCCCGCGGACACGACAGAUCACGUGAGGGAGCUCCUCAAGAUCGCGCUGUCCAACGAAAAAAUGAAUUUGGAAAUAAUCAUCAAUGAAUUGACCAAAUUAGAUUUGACUGCAUCGGCCACGGCAGAUCAAGUUAAGAUAAAUUUACGCUUCGAUGCAGCGUCGCUAUACGAGAGAUACAUCGUUCCAAACGGCGACUGGAAUCAGGCAGCGAUGCCAAAAGAUUGGCUCUUUUUACCGCUUGUUCACAUAUACAACAAAUGUAAAAGCGAUAUUAGGUUUCAGCCGGAGGAUAAAGACAGCGUUUUGACGGUGCUGAGCUUGGCGUUAAUCUUACCCGAUCUCACGAGAAAGCUGUCACCCACUUUGCGAUUCAGUAGACUGAUACUAGUAUAUCUCUGCGACACGGUAUAUCUGGACAAAGACGUGUCUGUAUUGCUGACGAAGAUCUUGUCGAAUCUGUUGACGAAAUGCCAUGCACAAUUGGACUUCCAGGCGGAGCUGCCGGGACUGAGCUCCUUCACCGAUCUGUUUACGGCGUUGUGCGAGCAAUUUUGCUCGAAUUCAUAUGGCGAUGACAACUUCGCUGCGACGCUGCUGGUGCCAGUGGCGCAACGACAUGAUGCGCACUAUCGGAAACUAUUGUGGUCGGAACAUGCGGCCGCGUUGCGAUACCUGAGAUUGCCGCCGGAAAAAUUGCUGUUGUCCCUAAAGGAUUAUCUCUAUCCGGAGGAGGAGGACGUGUCGCUCAUAGAUAGUUAUAUCACAGCGCGUUCGCGGAGCGAUCAGAGAGACCUGGUGUCCGGUUCCAUUCACGAUCGCGCUACAUCACUCGGCGAUGUAUCUAAGGCGCAAGAACAAACUGGCGAUGCGAAUGCGAACACAGAUGGAGAAGUUGAGGAACAGAGAUAUCGCGGAUAGAUUGCUGCAUUACGAACCAUCGCAGUUAUGAUAAUAUAAGAUGAAUGCAAGAACGAUGUGACUUAUAUGUGUAUUAUAUAUGUGUGAAUAUCUUGUUAAAUCUUUGAUAUUUAAAUGAAGAUCUCAAUAUCGUCUUUCAUAGUUCACCAGUUAUCAUUUUCUUUAUGUAAGACUUUAGGUAAGACUCUCAAUCAGUUAUUUUCGAUGAAAAUGAUGAAAAAAACGUGAAUUAUUUAUCAAAAUAAUUGUCCUGUUAAAAAUAUUUAUAUGCCGUUAGUUUUUUUUAUAUAAUUAUUAUGAUUUUAUGAGUUUUUUUUACUAAAUGUAAUUUAUUCAUUAGGAUUUCUAAAUAAUCAUAAUUGGAUACUUCGUAAUUAAAUUCAUGUGUAACAUGUGAUUUAUAUUUUUUUAUAGAAUUUAUUUCAAUGGAAAUUAGAAAGUACAGAUAUCUCAUCGGUUGUAUAUAUAUACAUAUAUUGCGUGUAAAUACAGUAAGUAGAUUUACACAAUUUUAAUAAAAUACAUUGAACAAGUAGUGAAAAAAA